AUGGCUUUUCCAAAAACAUCUGUAGCAACAUCUCAUGAAGGGGCGAUUCUUGAUACAAAAUUCGAUUAUUAUGGAAGGCGCUUUGCUACGUGUGGCUCAGAUGGGAAAAUUUCUGUUUUCCUUAUUGAGGAUAACAAUGCGCAUAAAAUUUCUGAAAUUAAUUAUCAUCAAGCUACUGUAACUUCUCUAUCUUGGUCUCACCCACAGUUUGGCAAUCUUUUAGCUUCAGGAAGCGGAGACAGAAAGGUAGCUAUAUGAAAAGAAGCUGCUCAAAAUAAAUGGACACUUAUAUAUGAAUAUGAAGAACACCAAGCUCCAAUUACAUCUUUGGAUUGGGCACCUUAUGAAUUUGGGCUUGUUUUGCUUGCAGGAUCUGCAGAUGGGUGCAUUUCACUUAUAACCUGACUAUUAGAUGAUAGAUGGGAGUCAACAAAGCUAAUGGCUCAUGAAGGAGGUGUAUCUUCUGUAUUUUGGCUUCCUUCUGUGUCACAAAGUAUUCUUGACACCAUAGAAAUGCAGAAAAGAUUUGUGACAGGAGGAGCAGAUGGGAUUGUAAAAGUAUGGAAAUGGGAUGAAGAAAAUUUAUAUGAUAUACAUAUAAAUACUUCUAUAAGUUAAUUAUUGUUAAGGGAAGAUAAUUUUAUGAUAAUUUAGAAUACAUUUUGAUGAACUAUUAAAACAUUCUGGAUGCGUACGAGAUGUAGCAGCACUGCCGUAUAAGCCAUUUUAUGGGUAUAGGAUUAUCAGCGCAGGUGAAGAUGGAAAUGUAAUUUUAUGAACAUCAAGUAAUGAAAGCUGGGAUUCAGAAAUUAUUUUUAGCAUAAAAGUACCAGUUUUGAAAAUUUCAUGAAAUGAAGGAAAUUUAUUAGGAAUCUCGUCAGCUGACCUUAUCACUCGUAUAGCUCAUGAAAACGAGAAUGGACAAUGGGAAAUUGCUGCUGAAGCCAAUGAAUCAGGGGAAUUCCAAGUAGGACACAUAAAUUAA